ACUGCUGGCAACAUGGUAUUAAAAGAAGGAGCUUAAGUUAUUAAACUGAGCAGCUUUAAUCAUGCAGUCCAGGGGGGGAAAUCCAUUGCUACAGGAGUGCACAGGAUUAAAGUAUUUUUACCGCAAAGCCAAUACAUCUAUCAGUUAGCUGCUACUGCUCCACUAGUGCAUGCAUGUCUGUGCAUGGGUAGCAUUGUUUGUGGAGAUCCUGCUAACUAUUAUGGGCUCCAAUGGAUUUUUAUUUAGAAAUUGACCCUGUGACUUUGAACCUGGUCAUCUUGGUAGCUAGCUAUGUCAUCUUGCUCUUGGUUUUCCUGAUUUCUUGCAUCCUGUAUGACUGUAGAGGGAAAGACCCCAGCAAGGAGUAUGCUCCUGAGACCCCAACAGAAGCCCAGCCUCCAAUCCGGCUGAUGGUGAUGCAGCAAGGAAAUCCCAGCAACCAGUGGCCGAAAGGACUUGCCCCCCCUUAUCAAAAUACCAACAGCCCCCCAGGGAAAAGGACUACAGUGGUUUGA